AUGGCUGACCUCUCACUAUCUCACAUCACCAUGUGGCUCGGCAUAUUAGCCGGCGCCGGCGUGCUCUACACAACAUGCCUCGUCAUGUACCGCCUCUACUUCCACCCGCUGGCCAAACACCCAGGCCCGUUCCUCGCCAAGAUCACCGACGCCUACAUGCUAUGGCACAGCUACAAGGGCGACCGGCACCUCGAGCUGUGGCGCAUGCACCAGAGGUACGGCCGGGUGGUGCGCUGGGGGCCCGACUCGCUCUCGUUCAACUCGUCGACGGCGCUCAAGGAGGUCUACGGCUUCCGGAGCAACGCGCGCAAGUCGGCCUUCUACGACGCCUUUGUGCACCCGGCGCCCAACACGCACAACUGCCGCGACAAGGAGCUGCACGCCCGGAAGCGCAGGGUCAUGGCGCACGCCUUCAGCGACGGGGCCAUCAAGGAGAUGGAGAGGUACAUCCUGGCCAACAUCCGGACCUUCUGUGAGCAGGUCGGCAGCCAGGCGAGCACGGAUGCCAAGGGCUGGACCACGGCGAAGUGCAUGUCCGACUGGUUUGGGUACCUGGCCAUGGACAUCCUCGGGGACCUGUGCUUUGGCAAGGCCUUCCACAUGCUCGAGAGGGACGACAACCGGUUUGCCAUCGACCUCGUGGGCACCGCGGCGCACCGGCACCUGAUUUGCGGCACGAUGCCCAUCCUCAACACCUUCUCCCUCGACCGGCUGCUCUUCCCCAACAUCGCGGCGGGUCGGGCCAGGUACAUGGCCUACUCGCGGUCGCAGCUGACGGAGCGCACCAAGCUGGGCGACGAGACGGACCGGCGCGACUUCUUCUACCACCUCCUCAAGGCGCGCGACCCGGAGACGGGCCAGGGCUUCACCACGCCGGAGCUGUGGGGCGAGUCGAACCUGCUCAUCAUCGCCGGCAGCGACACCACGUCCACCGCCCUGGCCGCGACGCUCUUUUACCUGACGCGCAACACGCACGCCUUGAGCAGGCUGCAGGACGAGGUGAGGGGGAAGUUCAGCGACGUCGAGGAGAUCCGCCAGGGCGCCGUCCUCAACGGCUGCGCCUACCUGCGCGCGUGCCUCGACGAGGCCAUGAGGAUGAGCCCGUCCGUCGGCGGCCUGCUACCCCGCGAGGUCCUGGCGGGCGGCAUGACCAUCGACGGCGUCCCCGUCCCCGCCGGCACGGUCGUCGGCGUGCCGCACUACACCAUCCACCACAACGCAGAGUACUACCCCAGCCCCUUCACGUACGCGCCCGAGAGGUGGAUCGCGGGGUCGAAGCUGGCGUUUGGGAACGUGGUCGGCGAGGCGGACACGGCUGUGGCGCAGAGUGCCUUCUGCCCGUUCAGCAUUGGACCUCGAGGGUGCAUUGGCAAGGGGCUGGCGUAUGUCGAGAUGAUGGCGACGCUGGCGAGGACGGUGUUCCUGUAUGACAUGAGGAGGGCGGUGGGCGUCACUGACACGGCGGAGGGACAGAAGGGGAGAGAGUGGGGCAGGGACCGGCCGGAUGAGAUGCAGCUGAUUGACACGUUCACGAGCUGGAAGGAGGGCGUCAUGGUUGAUUUUAGGAGGAGGGAUGGCAUCUAA